AUGAUCCAACUGCUCUAUGGCCGUUUCUACAGGAUCCGGCGCCUUUCCUGUGACAUAUCCGAUCAAGGCCAUGCUGGGGUAAGGCGCCAGCGGGUUUACCUGAUCCUGACCCACACAUGGAAAGUAGAGGAAGUGCUGAACCCCGAAGAAUACUAUCAGCGUGUUUCCCGGUGCCUGCGGAAGCACAUCUGCACCCAGCCUUCUGACUACGUGGUCGCAGAAGCGGGCGAUGUUCAGCAGGAGGGUCAGAAGCGGAAGCGAGCAUCAUCAACUACAUCAGCAGCUGACGAGGAUCUGUCCUACCUUCUCAACGACCGGGAGACCCGGACACUGAGAGCCCUCUGCCGGGACUAUGUCAAGAUGCACGGCGGAACCCGCCGGCCAGAGGAUGAUAGCAAUCUCUGGGUGUAUCUUGGGGAUAGCGCCGCAUACAAGACCUGGUCCGCUGUGUCCGGACGCUUGCCAACAUACCGGCGAAGCAGUGGGCUGCUGUGGUCCCCACACUACCGCCGCUGGCUGACAGGUCGGGAGAAAUUGGCCAGCCUUGGAUUCCCGGUUACCCCGGCCGUGGCUAUGGCUAUGGGGGCGCCGAUGCUUGGUGUCAAAGACACCAAGCGAGCAGCUCUGGUGGCAGGGAAUGCCAUGGCACUAAGCACAGUAGGAGUGGUCGAACUAGUAGCACUUUGCUGCUACCGGCGAUUGUCCUGA